AUGCCUGACCGGGUGGUGCAGUUGCAGAUGUCCCCAGACGCAGCAGGAGCUGGCCAUGCAGCCUCUCCUCAUCCUCCUCCUCCCCUCCCCUCUUACUCCUCCUACUCCUCCUCUUCCUCCUCUUUCUCCUCAUCCCCAGCAGACCAUCGUUUCAACGCUCGACGCCGGCGAAAAACCGAAUCCGCGGUGCACCCGCCCAUCCAUGUAUCGCUCGAGGACCCGUCGGCUUCACUCUGUCGCCGUUCGAUCGUGAAUCGGGCCCGAACCAUUACUUUCAGUGCUGGAGCGACGUCAGAGUCAAACCCAAAUCUGACCGGUUCUUCGUCCCCUCAGCGAGCCUCUCGUCCGGACGCAAGCCCCAGAACUCCACCGGAAUCCCAACGGAGCCAGACUCGAGCUCGAGGGCUCGCCCCGAGCCUCCGUAGUUCCGCCGUGGCCACCAUGAUGUUACGAGCGGACGAUCCCCGUGACGCGGGCAAAGCAGCCGCGCUAACAAGCCCAUCCGCCGGCGCCAGCGACUCUCCUUCAGCACCGACAACAACAACACCCAGUGCUUCCUUUGCCUCUCCUUCGCCGUCGGCUUCCACCCCCGUUGCGUCGCAUCUCCCCCCCUCCUCCUCCUCUUCUUCCUCUUCCGUUCCGCCCGUCCCUCGCCUCCCGCAGAGCCGUUUCAGCUUCGAAUAUCAGUAUCCCCUGCGCAAGCGAGCCCUGACGUCGCACCUCAGCGCGGCCGCCUCUGUGCUGAACGGCGACGACACGCCCCCGGGUCCCGACCCGUCCCCUACUCCCCAGCGCACUUUCUUGUAUGACAGCCCCCGGCGCUCCGUCCCCAACUUCCAUCUGUCCCACCUUCGCGAUCAGGCGCUGCUCAAUUCGCAACCACCAUCGCCGCGACGGGCCUUUGAAAAGGAUAGCGACGCCGCGCUGCCCCUGGACGCCAACUCGACCGUCCGUGUGUUGAGUCCCAAUGCAACGAAGCGUCGAAAGUCGUCACUUUACGCUGAGCAGUCGAUUUCGGACGUGAAGAGCAUCAUGCCAUCAUCCACCGUGACAUACUCCCAAGGGAGAUUGCUUGCUGACGAGCGCAAUCGCGCCAUGAACGGCCUGGAUCGUCAGGGAGACGGUAAUAGAACCCCAGUCGCGGACGAUUUUCGCUCCAAAAAUGAGGAUGUAUUUUUGAAUAUCGCAAGAUCAGACUCCGACCGUCGAGAGUCGCUGGGGCGCUCAGAACUCCGACGCUCGCGAUUCAGAAUGUCCGGUAGUGCGCUGCGUUCUCCAACCUCUCGGGUUGCCGAACAGACCCCUUCUCCGGAACAACUUCGCUUGAAUACCUACGACAACCCCUUGCAUUCCCAAAAUGAUCCUCCAUCCACCCCCCACACCUCUGUACCAUCAUACUCUUACUCGGCGUCCGCCCAUCCGCUGGAUGAACAUAGUCGUUCCUCCUCUUUGGCGUAUGCUUCUGGCUCAAGAUCUACCAUUGGCCUCCCUCGAAGCCGAUUGGGUCGCACCAGUCCAGAACCCUCCCCAUACAGCCCCGAAUCGCACCUCGAAAGACGGGGUUCAUUGCACGAGUCGCGAGCAUAUCGACAUUCCGCUCUCUCAACUAUCCGAAGCAGUCGGCAACCGUCCAGCUCCGAGGCCACGGAACGCGCCCGAUUCGAGCCCGACCGGUCCCGUCAGGAUGGGACGGAGUCAACCUUGUCGACUAACGCACCUUCUACUGUCUGGGACGAGUUAGAGGAUCUAAAAUCGCGGAUCAAGAAGCUAGAAUUAACGGGCAAGCUUCCGCCUUCAUCCCAGGAGGCGAUAUCAUCUGCAUCCGGAGACCGACCACGCACUGCGACCACGACGGUUACUACGGUGUCAUCCUCACCGAAGCGCGGCCGCAAAUCCAGUAUAGCAACAGGCGAUCUCGACCAGAAUGCGGCCCCGAGUCCGGUCCAUCCUCUCCUACAAUCGGCCUUGACUAAGUCCAAGGAGGUGUUGGGUAACGAAGUCUACGCAGCCCUGGAAGUCACUGUUACUGAUGCGCUUGCGCUGUCUACCCUACUGUCAUCCAACAAGGCCCCAUCGGGCGGUGUUUCUAUUGUCAAUGGCUACCUUCCAUCAGACAGACAAGCUAGGCGCAAGGCUGACAGUGUAUGUCGCAGCUUGACUGAGCUGUGUCUCGCAUUAUCUGAUGAUCAGCUUCGCCGGCAGCCGUCCACGGCCCUGGAGGUAAAAGCGGAUGAACAACAAAUCAAUGGCCACGAUGACGACGAUACGAUUACACCUACCCCUCCAUUUCGCCGAAGCACAAUCCAGGAGCCAGAGAGCCUUUCCAGACGGCAGAGCAACAGCAGAGUCACCAGCCGUUUAGAGGCACGUCGGGCUAGCAUGGCGAACAACGCGGCUUCAGACAACCAAAACAACAACAAGGGCACCGAUCAGGGUCCAGAUGCCAAAUUGACCCAGUCGCCUGGAUCUUCGGCGCCUGUGAGACGAUUGAGCCGACUUUCAACUUCGUUGCGGACCAAGAGGGUGCACACCGACGACGAUAAUGCGCCGGAUCAGAGUCCACAACCUCGAUCAAUUCAAAGAAGCAUGACAGACAUCACCAACCCAGCAGCAACAUAUCGUGUCUCGCCCCGGCAACGGAUUUCGCAUGGAUAUACGGCAUCGCAAUCGAUAGCUGACUCCAGUCCUGAGCGAAAUGUCAGAUAUUCAACCCCAUCCCAACCGUCGCAGCUCCCUCAGCCUCGUACCCCGACACUUUCGCAGUCAGCGAUCCCGCUCCGUCGGAGCAUUUUAACGCCCGGCUAUGUCCCCGCAACAUCCCGCUCCAAUAUUCAGGCGGGUUCACGUCGAUAUGGACUGUCUCCUGGUAUUGGCUCUGCCGCUCUCGGUGGUGAAAUGCCAACCGAGGACGCCAUGUCCACUACCCCUCGCCAGGAGCCUUCGCAGACAAGAAUCAUCGCCCCAUCGCAAAAGCUGGCUGCUAGCUACACGCCGAUUGCGCAGAACCGCCUGCGCGCAAACAGUCUUGGAGCGCGACGAUUUGGCCUACGGCAGCGGCCAAUGGCCGUUUCUGAUGAGGCCGUCAAUGGUCUCGAUCAGCGCGUUGACUAA